GUCCAGAUGCAGCUCCUCUUUGGCCCGUGACCUUUUCCUCUUCCUCCUCUAUCUUUGUCUCUAGCUCUACCUCUUUCUUUGUUGAGUACAGUAUGUGUGUGUGGAAGACACUCAUGCACACCUACAACACCCUGAGAUGAGGGGCGGGCCUUGCCGUCUUGUCGUUCUUGGUUGGCAAGAUGAGCUCUAGGCAACCUGAGCUAAUGACAUCUGCAGUGGCGACGUGGGGAUUGCCCUUGGGGGAACCGGGGCCAGCUGUGUGUUUGUCACAUAUUUGUUUUGUCUCACAUUUGUGCCGUCGUUGUGCUCGGCUAGCGUAGGCUUGCCUCUCUCGCGUACUGUACUUAGCUAAGUGUGACCGAAAUCUGAGAUUAUUUUUUUUUAACAAACUGAAAUAGGGAGGGACUACCUGAAAUUGUUCAAUAAAAAGCGCUCAUUUUCAUUUGCAAAAUAUUUUGCUACAGUGUGCACUAAUGAAGACAAGCCAGGUGUGUCUGGUCUGAUGGGCACCACUGCCUGACCACUGGGCUAUGGGAGGAGGGGACUGCGGGGGUGGAUGGGGUUGCUGCUGUUUCUGGCCAGAGUCCAGUCCAUCCUUUGCAGAGAGAGUAAAGUUAUUAAAGAGCUUUAUUGUGUUCUGGAUGAAAGCCGAGAUAGAUAUCCCCCCCUCCCUCUUUCUCUCUCGUUCUCUCUCUCUUUCGAUCUCUUACCCCACCCGCUCUCUCUGCAGUCCAAAGAGAGGGAGUGUGGGUGGGGGGUGGGGUGGUGUGGGUGGGUGGGGUGGGGGGGGGGGGGGGGGGGGGGGUUCCUAAGGGCUCUCAAAUGACUCGGGUUUCUAUGGUGCAGUGUUGUUGUUUUUUAUCCUCUCCUCUUAACAGAGCUGCUACACACACACACACACACACAGAAAAUCCCCUCAAUCAGCAGAACGAAGGUUCCAUCAGAACCACCCAGCCAGAACCGACCCACCGACCAGGGCUCUUAGUCCACCACUCCCCAGCAUGUAUCUCCAAGGGCAGUGGAGGAAUAGUGAUUCAUUUCAAUAAAAUGUUGCCCUCUGCGCUCCGCAGUACACUUUCAUUAUGUGGCGUCUCAUUACUACACUUCCUGUUUAGCCCUGAUGGCUGAUGGGUAUUUCAUGGGGGCUAAGUGUGGUCUUGUUUGCCCCCCAGCCCGCCCACCCCCCAUCGCAGUCCGAGGGGGAGCCCCCGGGAAAGGGAUGACUGGCUGGUACUUAAUUGCAGCUCAAGUCAUUCCCCGUCCCUCUGUCCUGUUCCACAUAUUCUUACCCCUCUGGAUUUAUACUAGCCAGAGCCCAGGUGAUACAUUACAUUUGUUCCUUUAAUCCUCCGGCCGGGGGUGACAAGGUGGCGACGAGGUAUGCCGCAGCGGGGAUGACAGCCUCACUCGUAUUUACGAGUUCGGCCGACACGCGGCUUGUUCGUUCGGCUUGCAUACUAUGUGCAACUCUGACUCUCUUUUUCCUCCCCCCCUCCCUCUACUCUUCCUGCCUUACCACACCCGCUCCCUCUUUCACCCCCACACUCCCUUCCACUCCCUCCCACCCUCUUCACCCACCCCCUCCUCCCUUUCCCCACCCUUUCCAUCUCUCUUUCCCACUCUCAUCUCCCUCCACCCCCUCCUUCUCCGACCUCUUCCAUUCCCACUGCUCCACGCCCCCAACCUUCCCCCCUCCACCCCCUUCAGGUCAUCCCAGACUGGAAGGAGCAGGAGUGGGACACGGAGACACCCGAGUCGUACGCCGGGAUCUUCCACUUCCGCUUCUGGCGCUUCGGCGAGUGGGUGGACGUGGUGAUCGACGAUCGGCUGCCCACGGUGGACAAGCAGCUGGUCUACUGCCACUCAGAUGACAGCAACGAGUUCUGGAGCGCACUGGUGGAGAAGGCCUAUGCCAAGUUAGUCAAUUAAUCAAUCAAUCUGUCAAUGGCUUUAUUGUCCCAAUUGGAAAAUGUGUAAUACAGUCAGGGUAAAAAUAUUAAUCAGUCAAUCAAUUAAUCCAAUCAAUCUCUUAAUUGUCCCAAUUGGGGAAUGUGUAAUAAAGUCAGGGUACAAAACAACAUUAAAGUCUAAUGAACACCGAGGGGCAUGCAUAAAGAGAUACAGUACUGUAGCAGUACCAGCAGCCCUUGGGGAAUAUCAUCUAGGAUAGGAUCAAAUGCUACUGUAUGUUGAUAUUCUCCCAAUAUUUGAGGAAUGCAGAAAAAAUCUUAAGAACGAGGACACACUCACUCACUCAGAUAAAUAAAUAUUUGCAAUUGGUAACACUUUACUUAAAGCCUGUAGGUAUAAUGCUUUAUAACAUGUUAUAAGCAUGUAUGAGCCUUUAAUGUUUAAGGCUUAUUAUUGUCUAUCACUAUUUUAACUGAUUCAAAAUACAGUAUCUACUAGCCACUGCCUUUAUGAUUUGAGAUGUGGAGACACAUCUUGAGAUGUGGAGUCAAAUAAGAGGCUAGGUUCAGAUGUCAACUGUGCACUGUAGACAGCAUUGAUGGAGAGAUAUUUGACAUCAGAUUAACUCAUUAAUUCAUUCCUCCUCUCCCUCCUCCCGUCCCUGCAGAGUGUACGGCUGCUACGAGGCCCUGGACGGCGGGAACACGGCGGAUGCCCUGGUGGACUUCACAGGUGGCGUGUCGGAGCCCAUGGACCUGCUGGAGGGCCAGAUGGCCACGGACGAGGUGGCCCGCAACCAGCUGUUUGAGAGGGUGCUGAAGGUCCACAACCGGGACGGCCUCAUCAGCUGCUCCAUCCGGGUGAGUCAGUCAGGGAAGAUCUGUACUAGGCAGCCAUUUUGGAUCAGGGGCAGUUAGGAGAUCUGGGUCAUGUUCAAUACAAAACAUUUUUUAAAAAUGCACUGAAACAGGGAGGUACUGCCUGUACUUCCUGUUUUCUAAGUUCCUGCUAUUUGGAACACAAAGAAAUUGCUACAUAAAUCGCAAGUUGCAGUGUUUGGCAAUUGCCAUGAUAAUGUGCCAUCCAGUCUAUUUAAAAAGUUGCGGUUAGUUGGCUCAUGCAAAGUCUAUCUUUGCGAUAGGAAAAUGUAAUCCUUUGUGGUUAUCCAUCUAUUUAUCAUUUAUCAAUCUAAUCAUACAAUGCUUUCUCUCUGCUGAUGAGACUUGAAUUUGUAUAUACACACUUUCAGAAUGCAAAUACUUGCAUUCAUACCAAUGAAAUUAGGAUGGUUUCUAAUAUCAGUCAGUUAAACCCCUCCACUUAUCUAUCCAUCCAUCUACCUGUCAUCCUCAAUCUGCUUGUUGAUAUCUGUCCGUCCGUCCGUCCGUCCGUCUAUUCAUCUGUUCAUCAAUACGCAACAUCUGCUGUUGGGAGCUCCAUUUGUAUGAGUUCCACUCUCCCCCGGGCAGCCAGUGGUUACGUCCCAUAUGGCACCCUACUCCCUACAAAGUGCACUAGUUUUGACCAGAGCCCUAUGGGACAUUGUUGAAAGUAGUGCAGUAUUAAGGUAAUAAGGUGCCAUUUGGAACACAAGCAGUGAGUCCCUCCGUUUGAUUGUCUGCUGUUCUGCGCUCGUCCACUCCUGCACUAGAACUCAUUUACAGUCCAACAUUGUGUGAUUCCGAGUCAAGCACACUAGCUCAACUGGCAGCUAUAGGCAUUUUAUAUUCAUGAGUUUUCAUGAGGAUCCAUUUCGGAACAAUAACAACAGAACGGACACGGACCAAAAAAAAAAAAAAGUCAGCUAGACGAACGGCCCUGACAGCACCGAAAACCGUAGUUGUUAAUUCCUCAGACAUGACCCGUGACUUGGUGGUUGCUGUUUGGUUAUGGUUGUAACGUCCUGGCAACUUUACAUAAAUGCUAGACUACUCACAGGCUUUUUGUUGUGAGGAGGUCUGAUUUAGGAAUGCAACCAAGGUAUCUUAAAAGCCACACUCGUGCAUCUCUCCCCAGACUCCAAGCCUAAUUGCUUUUUGUCUUCUCCCCCCCCCCCCCCCAUCGCUGUUUUUUGUAAGCAGGGUUUGAAAAAUGAUGUGUGUGGUAGCGAAUGCUCAAAGCACGUCUUCCACAGAGCCUAUAGGCCUAGGCAGAAUAGGGGAGUGACCUAUUUUUGUAUUUUUUCCAGGCCGUAUUCGAAAUAUUCUUGCCACCUCUCUUUCUUGAUUAUUGACCUGCCAAACAUUCCCCAUUUAUCUAAUCAUACAUCAUUUUUAGUAAGAAGAGGUCUUUUGAUUGGUAUAGGUGAUGACAAUAGUUAUUGUUGUUUUUUCUCAUAAGACUCGGAUUAGACUCAGAUUUGUAAAAAGGGUUAAUUGUAACAUUUGUUACAAUUAACCACUUACCUAAAAUUCUGUGGUAUUUUGUAUGGUAUUUAGACACAUUCACAUAGUGAUAUGAAUUGUCACUUCUUUACAUCAAGUACAACUAAGAUAAUAUCUUAGAAAAAAGUAAUUCAUACUUUAGAAUGCUAAAAGUAUCUUAUAUAAAAUAUAUACAUUUUGUCUACUCUGCUUUUGGUCAGUAUGACAUGCCUAAAAGAUCAAAUGAAAAUAUUUUUGGUCAAUGUAUUGUAUUUUCAUCCAACUAUCAGUUUCAAAUAAGAACAUUUUUAAAUUACCCUUCAUUUUUACCAUUGGAGACAGACAUUUCACUUCCACCACUUUCGGUUUAAUUGUAAACAACUGGUAUGUCCUAGAAACAUACAAUGUGUAAUAAUAGCUAAGAUAUGUACAGUAUGUUUGUAUACAAAUAUUAUUAAUCUACCUCAAAUAUUAUUUUCAUACUAAGCAAAAGCCUAAAACUGUUACUUUGUUCCCCAGUCUCCCCUUCUCUGGCCUUUUGUCUGUCUCUGUCAUAUCAUAUCAUACACAUCUACAGAUUUAAGAGCCUGGUCCUAGGCUGAAUAACACUAUGUAUAAGCAUUGAAAUUAGUGAUGGGCACAGACAUGGAAAAUCUAUAUUGAUAUCAGUAUAAUUUUUUCAAUCUGAUAUCAUAUCAUUUUUUAUCAAAGACGUGAAUGUUCACUUUUCUGUUCACUUCCAUGACUCUCUGAAGUCCAGACAACUGCUUGCCCAUUGGGCCAGGUGUGAAUGUUCUGGUAGCCAACUUACUCAACCAAUUUGAAUAUAAUGGGAAGCCCAUCCACAGUUGAUGGCCCAUCAGCAGGCAAUUAAGUAUGCUUAAAUUGAGAGCCUGUGAGGUCUGUGAGAAGGUUUUGUGCAUGCAGGAACAGUCAUGUGUGCUUUUUUUAUGUAGAAGUCCCCUGGGUUGUAUUUAUUAGGCACUAAAUGGAAGAAAAUGGACUGAAACAGGGAGGGACUAAAAUACCUCAUCCAACGUGGAUGUAGAUUAAGGCAGCCCCCCGCUGCCUUAACCCAACCCCUCUGAUUCAGAGAGUUGGGUUAAGUGCGGAAGACACAUUUCAGUCUAAUGCAUUCAGUUGUACAAUUGACUACGUAUCCCCCUUUCUCUUUCACAAUAAGAAACACUUGUUUUUGUUUUCUGUUGCAAAACAUUUUGUUACGUUGUGCACUAAUGAAUACGACCUUGUUUUCACUCAUUUCCUUCCUGUCUUUUUUCUCCUUUAUCCCCUUCUAUCUCCUUAGUAGUUGCUCCCUUGCUGUCGUUGCAUCACACUUUGUUUGUGAAACAGGCUCAUUACAUCUGGGCCUUGUGCUCAAUUAUACUUUGAUGAUCAAAUAGCAAGGGACAGCACCGGCUGACUAUGCUGCAAGCUCAAUUCAAACAAACCAAUCCUCAGUUCAACUUGACUGGGCCUUGUUCAAUAGGCAUCAAAUGGGAAAAAUUGUCUGAAACAGGUGGACUUGUCCAAUAGAUAUGCACAUUUUCAUUUUGUCGCAAGAUGUUUGAAAACAUUUUUCUGUCGCAUGCCCUAAUGAACACAACCCUUGUCACAACUCAAGCACUUUGAGCUGCAUUCUGUGUAUGAAAUGUGCUGCACAAAUAAAUAAAUAUUAAUUUAUUAUUAACUGUCUCUUAGGCGACCACAGUGGAGGACAUGGAGGCGCGGCUAGACUGUGGCCUGGUCAAGGGCCACGCAUAUGCGGUGACGGACGUGAAGAAGGUGCGUCUGGGCCAGGGCCUGCUGGCAUUUUUCAAGUCAGAGAAGCUCAAUAUGAUCCGCAUGAGGAACCCCUGGGGAGAGAAGGAGUGGAGCGGGCCCUGGAGCGACAGGUAAAUACACAACACUCCUCAGGCCUGGAGGUGGUACUACACAACCAUAGAAUAAGAAUUACAGUAGAAUGGGUGUUCCAAUUCAUUCUAAUUCGAUGUACACAACACUGCGUAAUGGAAGCUUCUCCUAUUAAGAAUGCCUUUACUGCCUCGAAACGACUAGACCAUGUAGGAGUAAUGAGGUGGAGAGAGAGGUGUUCUCCAUCUACUGAAAUGGGGGAUGCUGUGUGUGUGUGGGAUGAUAAAUGCCAUAAAUUAACCGUUGAACAUGUAUACGUGUGAAAGCGUGAAUGUGUGUUUUUGUGUUAUUUAUUUAUUUUAAGAAAAACAACAAUGUGGAGGGAAAAAUAAGGGUAGGCUAUUAAUUUUGUACGUUUCAGUAAUCAUGCAUAAGUAGGAGACAAAGUAAUGCCAUUACAGUGCAAUUCUGAGAUCUGCAGGGGUGCUGUUAGUACAGUGGCUAUUAUAUUGUGGAGUGAAUCCCAUUAACGCAACUGUUUGGAACUGAAUUAAUCAGACGUUCACGAGUCGUAUUGUUAUAAAUAAACUUGGUUGAAUGGUAAAAAGUUAAAAGAAUAAUAAUACUAUGAUUACUUUUUAAGGCGCACAUGCUCACACGUUUAAGUCACACCUUAAAGUAAACAAAUAUAUAAUACAAAAAUAUCAAACAUAAUUAAUAAAAUAUAAUCACACGUUCAACAGUUCAUUUAUGGCUUAUAUCAUGUAAUAGGAUGGGGAGAAGACUGAGAGCAUCUCUCUUCCACUUCCUUCUCUCUUCCUCCUUCUGUUAUGUCCUAUUGUUUAUCGCUAGGUUGUGUGACACAGCAGAGAUUGUAGGGCUCGCUCAUGAAGGCAGCUGAAUUAUUGAGUAGGUAAAGGAGAGAGAUGUUAGUUCUUAAAGGGGAAGUGACUGAGUGGUGUUAUUAAAGGAGUCGUCUCCCUUCAUUUAUAUAGUCAUAAGAAUGAAUGUAUCAUUUAUCUGGGGUUUGAUCACAAUUGGAAUUGGAGAGAUUUCAUUUUACUGUUUGAUGUGAAAGUUCCCACAGAAGUUGUGGCACUGGUAGGAAUUUCAUAGAAACAAAAUAGAGGUUUAUUUUCAUAUGCACGUAGGCACACACAUAAUUGCUAUGUAUUCCCUAAACCUACAAUUCCUACUUCCUGGUUAGGUCUUCCUGUUUUAAUCUUUGACUGCUCCUGAGAAAGUUGCUGUCUAUUGUCAUGUGGUGCUGAACUUCAGAAUCUCCAAUCCAAAAAUGUUUUCAGUGGUAUGUUUGCUCUAUAAUUUCCUUUGUGUCAUGCUGUCGAACAUGAGGUAAUUUCAUGUCUGUGCUCCCAGCUCAGAGGAGUGGAAGAAGGUGAGCAAGAGUGAGAGAGAGAAGCUGGGCGUCACCGUGCAGGACGACGGAGAAUUCUGGUGAGGGGGACCACCAUGCACACACACACCAUUAAAACAUUAGGGGCCAUUUUCCCACACACAGAUUAAGCCUAGUCCUGGACUAAAAAGCAUGCUCAGGACUAUGCUUAAUCUGUAUCCGGGAAACCGACCCUAGUUGAUUCAUCUGUUUCAUUAAUCGAUUGAACGGCACUUUCCUAAAUAUACCCUCUUGCCCUCCCUCCCUCCAUCCCUCCCUUCCUCUCCACUCUAGGAUGACGUUUGAUGACUUCUGCCAGUACUUCACGGACCUGAUCCUGUGCCGCCUCAUCAACACCUCCUAUCUGAGCAUCCAUAAGACCUGGGAGGAGGAGGUGAUGAGGGGCUCCUGGGUCCCCCGCCAGGACCCCCUGAGGAACCGCUCUGGGGGAUGCAUCAACCACAAGGCCACCUUCCUCCAGAACCCACAGGUGGGGUGCAUGAGGGUGGAGGAUGAGGUGGAAGUGGGGAGAGUGUGGGUGGAUGGUGGGAGGCUGGGUGGGUGGGUGGGUGGGAGGGUGUGUGUUUGUACUGUGUAAGUUUGUAUGUGUUUUUCUGUUGGUGUCUUUGCAUGUACUGUAUAUUCUGUAUUUGAUUUGAGGAGAUUGUUCUAAUUAGUGUGUUUAUGUCUCUCUGCAGUAUGUGUUUGACGUGAAGAAGCUAGAGGACGAGGUGUUGAUCGCCCUGCAGCAGAAGGAGAGGAGAGCCACCACCAAAGAGGGCAAAGGAGAUAACCUGGCCAUAGGCUUUGACAUUCACCGGGUAUGCGCACACACACACACACACACACGCACACACACACACACACACACACACACACACACAGAGAUGAAGACAAACACCCACAUGAGAACACACUCACACAGAUGAACAGACACACAGAUAGAUAAAGAGACACACACACAGAUGGAUACACAGGAAGAUGAUCACACUCCAUCGCUCCACAUGAAUUUUUCCUUUUGCCUCAUCUUUACCUCUUAACUCUUUACUUCCUUGCUACUCAUAACAUAAAAUAUAAGACAUAAGGAUCCUUGUUCAAGCCCUGCAUGAGCCAUCUUUCCACCUCCUGUAUCUGUAUCCCUGCUUCUGCCUCUAUCCUUGCUCUGCAUGAUGAUGUCAUAUCUACCUUGAAAGUCUACCUUUAAAAUGUGACCCUGACGUCAUGUCCCCUCCCGUCCUCUAGGUGGAGCUGAACAGAAAGUACCGCAUGCACACGGCCCAGCAGAAGGUGGCGGGCUCCAUCUACAUCAACUCGCGCUGCGUCUUCCUCAGGAAGGAGCUCAAGGAGGGUCGCUACGUCAUCAUCCCCACAACUUUUGACCCCGGGCAGCAGGGUGACUUCCUGUUGCGGGUCUUCACUGACGUGCCUUCAGACUGCAAGUAAACCAGCCGGCCGACAUGCAGCCCCACCCCCACCCCUGUUCCGUUUAACAUCCUUACCUUUACAAAGGGAUAGCUAACUUUAAAGGGAUAGUUCACUGGGAUCAUAGAAUUGAAUAGAACAGUAUUAUUUUGUAGUUCUAUGAUAGGGAUUGCCUAAUUGCCCAGUUCAAAUUGAUCAAAUAGCAAACCUCAUUUUAUAGAAACACAUCAAAUUAAACUGGUGUGCAUGUUAAAGGGAUAUUUCAAUUUGGAACGUUUUCAUAUUUUUUGUAUUUUACCACUUACUAUCCGUUUAACAUGCACACCAGUUGAAUUGUAUGGGUUUCUAUAAAAUGAUUUGAGCUUUUUGAUCAAGUUGAACUGAUUCUCUAAGUGGACCCAGAACUUUUUUCAUGUAAUUUGUCAUCCACUGCCAUUGCUCUCACCAAAAUGAAUAAUACUCAUAUUCACUUUCUUUCCCUCCCCAACAGAGAGUUGAACCUAGACGAGCCCCCCCAGACGUGUUGGACGGGCAUGUGUGGUUACCCCCAGCUGGUCACCCAGGUCCACGUUCUGAGUGCUGAGGGACUCCAGGGCCAGGACUCUAAUGGAGGUAAGCUAGUAAGGCUGCAGUAGGAAAUAGUAGGCCUACAGUAAAGUAAGCUACAGUACGCACCCAUGUCGAAGGGAGGCUUUGGGAGCUGACUUGCAUACAGUGUAUUCGGAAAGUAUUCAGACCCCUUCACUUUUUCCACAUUUUGUUACGUUACAGCUAUAUUCCAAAAAAAAAUCCUCAUCAAUCUACACACAAUACCCCAUAAUGACAAAGUGAAAACAGGUUUUUAGAAAUGUUAGCAAAUGUAUUAAACAUAAAAAACUGAAAUACCUUAUUUACAUAAGUAUUGUAAAUAUUGCUAUGAGACACGAAAUUGAGCUCAGGUGCAUCCUGUUUCCAUUGAUCAUUCUUGAGAUGUUUCUACAACUUGAUUGUGGUAAAUUCAAUUGAUUGGACAUGAUUUGGAAAGGCACACACCUGUCUAUAUAAGGUCCCACAGUUGACAAUGCAUGUCAGAGCAAAAAUCAAGCCAUGAGGUCGAAGGAAUUGUCCGUAGAGCUCCGAGACAGGAUUGUGUCGAGGCACAGAUUUCACAUUUACAUUUACAUCAUUUAGCAGACGCUCUUAUCCAGAGCGACUUACAAAUUGGUGCAUUCAACUUAUGAUAGCCAGUGGGACAACCACUUUUUUUUCAAUGGGGGGUGGGGGAGGGGGUGGGGGGUGGGGGGUGGGGGGUAGAAUGAUUACUUUAUACUAUUCCAGGUAUUCCUUAAAGAGGUAGGGUUUCAAGUGUCUCCGGAAGGUGGUCAGUUACUCCACUGUCCUGGCGUCGUGGGGGAGCUUGUUCCACCAUUGGGGUGCCAGAGCAGCAAAUAGCUUUGACUGGGCUGAGCGGGAACUGUGCUUCCGUAGAGGUAGGGGAGCUAGCAGGCCAGAGGUGGAUGAACGUAGUGCCCUCGUUUGGGUGUAAGGUCUGAUCAGAGCCUGAAGGUAAGGAGGUGCCGUUCCCCUCACAGCUCCGUAGGCAAGCACCAUGGUCUUGUAGUAGAUGUGAGCCUCAACUGGAAGCCAGUGGAGUGUGCGGAGGAGCAGGGUGACAUGAGAGAACUUGGGAAGGUCGAACACCAAACGGGCUGCAGCGUUCUGGAUAAGUUGUAGGGAUUUAAUGGCACAGGCAGGGAGCCCAGUCAACAGCGAGUUGCAGUAAUCCAGACGGGAGAUGACAAGUGCCUGGAUUAGGACCUGUGCCGCUUUCUGUGUAAGGUAGGGUCGUACUCUGCGAAUGUUGUAGAGCAUGAACAUGCAGGAUCGGGUCACCGCUUUGAUGUUAGCGGAGAACGACAGGGUGUUGUCCAGGGUCACGCCAAGGUUCUUUGCACUCUGGUAGGAGGACACAAUGGAGUUGUCAACCGUGAUGGCGAGAUCAUGGAGCGGGCAGUCCUUCCCCGGGAGGAAGAGCAGCUCCUUUUUGCCAAGGUUCAGCUUGAGGUGGUGAUCUGACAUCCACACUGAUAUGUCUGCCAGACAUGCAGAGAUGCGAUUCACCACCUGGUUAUCAGAAGGGGGAAAGGAGAAAAUGUAAUUGUGUGUCGUCUGCGUAGCAAUGAUAGGAGAGACCAUGUGAGGAUAUGACAGAGCAGGGAGGUGAAGGUGGCAAAGAGCUUCCUAUGGUUAGCUUCCUGAAAUGUUGAGUGGUAGAAAGUGGCUUUAGCAGCGGAAACAGAGGAAGAGAAUGUAGAGAGGAGGGAGUGAAAAGAUGACAGGUCCGCAGGGAGUCUAGUUUUCCUCCAUUUUCGCUCGGCUGCCCGGAGCCCUGUUCUGUGAGCUCGCAAUGAAUCGUCAAGCCACGGAGCAGGAGGGGAGGACCCAGCCGGCCGGGAGGAUAGGGGACAUAGAGAGUCAAAAGAUGCAGAAAGGGAGGAGAGGAGGGUUGAGGAGGCAGAAUCAGGAGAUCGGAGGGAGAAGGAUUUAGCAGAGGGAAUAGAUGAUAGGAUGGAAGAGGAGAGAGUAGCGGGAGAGAGAGCGAAGGUUGCGACGGCACAUUACCAUCUGAGUAGGGGCAGAGUGAGUAGUGUUGGAGGAGAGCGAGAGAGAAAAGGAUACAAAGUAGUGGUCGGAGACUUGGAGGGGAGUUGCAGUGAGAUUAGUAGAAGAACAGCAUCUAGUAAAGAUGAGGUCAAGCGUAUUGCCUGCCUUGUGAGUAGGGGGGGACGGUGAGAGGGUGAGGUCAAAAGAGGAAAGGAGUGGAAAGAAGGAGGCAGAGAGAAAUGAGUCAAAGACAGACGUAGGGAGGUUAAAGUCUCCCAGAACUGUGAGGGGUGAGCCAUCCUCAGGAAAGGAACUUAUCAAGGCGUCAAGCUCAUUGAUGAACUCUCCAAGGGAACCUGAGGGCGAUAAAUGACAAGGAUGUUAAGCUUGAAUGGGCUAGUGACUGUGACAGCAUGGAAUUCAAAUGAGGAGAUAGACAGAUGGGUCAGGGGAAAAAGAGAGAAUGUCCACUUGAGAGAGAUGAGGAUUCCUGUGCCACCGCCGUGCUGACCAGAUGCUCUCGGGGUAUGUGAGAACACAUGGUCAGACGAGGAAAGAGCAGUAGGAGUAGCAGUGUUUUCUGUGGUAAUCCAUGUUUCCGUCAGCGCCAAUAAGUUGAGGGACUGGAGGGUAGCAUAGGCUGAGAUGAACUCUGCCUUGUUGGCCGCAGAACAGCAGUUCCAGAGGCUGCCAGAGACCUGGAACUCCAAGUGGGUCGUGCGCGCAGGGACCACCAGAUUAGAGUGGCAACAGCCACGUGGUGUGAAGCGUUUGUAUGGCCUGUGCAGAGAGGAGAGAACAGGGAUAGACAGACACAUAGUUGACAGGCUACAGAAAAAGGCUACAAUAAUGCAAAGGAGAUCGGAAUAAAAUGAACUAAACAUCUGGGAAAGCGAGAGAGCGGGGCCUCCCUCACUUACGUUUCACUGAAACACUCAAAUAUAACUCUCCCAACUUCCACUUUAGAAAUUAUAAUUGUUGUAAACUACAGCGGUUCAAUGUUUUCUAGGAAUAGACUCUAACUUAGUUUAUUCAGCUAGCUAACUUGGUACAGUAUUCUUCCGUGAAAACCGUCCAGGGCACCGAAUCCUAUGACGCCAAAGCCAACUAGCAUGCCAGCCUCCAAUAACACGGUUUAGCACCAAUACUCGGUUACAACAAACCACCAGUGUGUUAACACGCCAAGCAGAUCAUUCGUGUCUGUGUCUAACGUUGUGUAAAGUUUUGGGUUAGUUUUGACAGUUUGAGUGAGUAUGUCAUCAACUUAUUCAGCCAGUUAGUUAGCUAGAAUAGUUAGCAUACUAGCUAGCCAUUGCUCUCUGCCAACAAAUCAACCCCUCCUCCCACGGCACGAACACACAGAGAGCCAAGCUAAUGUUAACUAGUUACCCAUGUCCCGAAUUCCCUUGAACGACUCUGGUUACCAGUAUGUAAAAACAAAACAAAAAUAAAUGUAGGUUAUAACUUACCCUUAGUAGCUACUGUUAGCCAGUUAAGUGCAAAGCUAGCCACUGAAUCGAUUCAGCCAGUUUGCGUCUGUCCCAACGGAGAGAAAGCGUCUCCAAAUAUUAAAGCUAGGUCGUUCCAGCUAUUGUUUAGUUAGCUAUCCAGGUAGCAACAAGCUAGCUACAUUUCGAGUACAGUAGCUACUAACUACCUAACGUUAACGAUUCAGAUCGUGGGGAAGGGUACCAAAACAUUUCUGCAGCAUUGAAGAUCCCCAAGAACACAGUGGCCUCCAUCAUUCUUAAAUGGAAGAAGUUUGGAACCACCAAGACUCUUCAUAUAGCUGGCCGCCCGGCCAAACUAAGCAAUCGGGGGAGAAGUGCCUUGGUCAGGGAGGUGACCAAGAACCCGAUGGUCACUCUGAAAGAGCUCCAGAAAGAACCUGGAGUUCUGAAAGAACCUUCCAGAAGGACAACCAUCUCUGCAGCACUCCACCAAUCAGGCCUUUAUGGUAGAGUGGCCAGAUGGAAGCCACUCCUCAGUAAAAGGCACGACAGCCCGCUUGGAGUUUGCCAGAAGAAACAAGAUUGUCUGGUCUGAUGAAACCAAGAUUGAACUCUUUGGCCUGAAUGCCAAGCAUCACGUCUGGAGGAAACCUGGCACUAUCCCUACGGUCAUGCAUGGUGGUGGCAGCAUCAUGCUGUGGGGAUGUUUUUCAGCGGCAGGGACUGGGAGACUAGUCAGAAUCUAGAGAAAGAUGAACGGAGCAAAGUACAGAGAGAUCCUUGAUGAAAACCAGCUCCAGAGCGCUCAGGACCUCAGACUGGGUGAAAGUUCACCUUCCAACAGGACAACGACCCUAAGCACACAGCCAAGACAACGCAGGAGUGGCUUUGGGACAAGUCUCUGAAUGUCCUUGAGUGGCCCAGCCAGAGCCCGGACUUGAACCCGAUCGAGCAACUCUGGAGAGACCUGAAAAUAGUUGUGCAGUGACGCUCCCUAUCCAACCUGACAGAGCUUGAGAGGAUCUGCAGAGAAGAAUGGGAGAAACUCCCCAAAUACAGGUGUGCCAAGUUUGUAGCGUCCUACCCAAGAAGACACGAGGCUGUAAUCGCUGCCAAAAGCUGUUUCAACAAAGUACUGAGUAAAGGGUCUGAAUACUUAUGUAAAUGUAAUAUUUCUGUUUUUAAUUUUUUAUACAUUUGCGAACAUUUCUAAAAGCCUGUUUUUGCUUUGUCAUUAUGAGGUAUUGUGUGUACAUUGAUGGGGGGAAAAAAACGAUUUAAUCAAUUUUAAAAUAAGGCUGUAACUUAACAAAAUGUGGACAAAGUGAAGGGGUCUGAAUACUUUCCGAAUGCAUUGUAUACCAUUUUCACACUACUGGGCCGAGCUAUACUAGGAUGCCCCGGUUAUGUAUCCACCAUUGUUGCUGGACAAUGCUGUAAAGGAUGUGGGAAAUGUCGAGGGGAAAGGUUCUGGUCGACACAAUAAUCUCUUCUGACGAUGGGUAACUUGAGUUUAAGUGUGUACAUUUUGUGUGAGUGUGUGUUGCCGUGCCCCAAAAUGUGUUGCAAGGUGAACUCUUCUGGUCAUACACAGAGCUGCACUGUCUCAUUCCCAACAAGAAGAGGCAGCUGGCCAAAACACAAGGAGGUACAUCAGCAUCACCUAGUGGCUAGCGGCUUAGUUACAACUAGACAUAUUGCACAAUAAUAGUUCAAUAGGCUUUGGCUCAGCCCAGAAACAGCCCCUAAACCCUUGCAAACUCAACUCUGGACCUCGAAGCCAGUUCCACUACAUUUUUACAUUGUUCCCCUCUAAUCAGGGACUGAUUUAGACCUGGGACACGAGGUGUGUGCCAUUAAUUAUCAGGUAGAACAGAAAACCAGCAGAAUGCUCUGGACCUCGUAGUGCAAGAGUUGAAUGCCGAUGUCCUAACCCCUAACCCCAAGCUUCAUGUAGAUCUAAGAGGAUUGGAUAGGUAUAAGCAAAAUGGUAGUAGUUCCACCUAGCCCUUUAAUAGGCUAGGUCUAGGAAUACUAUUUUUCUCCAUAUGGCUGAAACCUAUCCCCUCCCUUUCAGAUCUAUAGUCUUCAACAGUUCCUUACCCCCAUAUCCUCUACCUACCUAGUAGCACAAGCAACUAAAACCCUUCUCCACCUACCUGUCAGAGACCUGUCUGCUUGCUGGUUGGUCUGAUGGCCAGAUAAGCAUUUGCUUCAUUUAGACCUAGAGUUGGUUUUGGCCUGCAUAGUUGAGUACACAUGCACACACAUGUUUACACUUCCCAUGUCGAUACAGAGAUUGACAGCUGUCCCUCAUUCCUCCUUCCCUGUCCCUCCCAGCCUCGGACCCGUACGUCAUCAUCACCUGUGAGGGGGAGAGGGUGCGCUCGCCGGUGCACAAGGACACACGGAGCCCCAACUUCGAUGUCAAAGGCCUGUUCUACCGCAAGAAGCCCAAGGAAGGCAUCCACAUUGAGGUGAGCACAGACGGAGGGGAGGAACUCUUUCUUAACUGUCUGUCUGUGUUCAUACAGUAUGUAUACCUCUAUCUCUUGAACAUGUUUUCUUCUAACCUUUUUAAAAUCACUUUUUCUAUGCUCCCUCUCUCUCUCCUCUCUCCCUUGGUCUCUUUCUUCUCUUUCAAAUCCCCCCUCUUUUUCCCCUCUGCUCUGCUUGGACCUUGGGCCAUACCAUAAUAGAUCUACAAUAAGAACGUGAUUGUGGAUACCUUCCUGGGUCAGGUGACCCUGUCCAGUGACCCAAACGACCGGCAGGAGCAGCACACGCUCCACCUGCGCGACAAGGGCAAUCGCCAAGACAACGACCUCCCGGGCACGGUCACCGUGCGCCUCAUCACCUGCAUCACACUCAUCAACAUAUGA